AUGGGCAAGUGGACCACUAUCAUAUUCGUUGUUCUGGCCUCGGAUCGUGACAUCGCACACAAAGUAUUCAAGUCACCUAACUACGCUGAGCCAUGUCUAGUCCCAGUCGCCAAGGAUAUUCUGGGCCACAGAGCAUGGGUUUUCCUUCAGGGGAAAGCGCACGCGGAGUACCGCCGAGGGUUGACUCCCUUGUUCACGAACAAGGCCAUCGCGACGUAUUUCCCUGCUCAAGAGCGGGUAUUCGCGGAUUACUUCGAGAAGUUUGUCACUGCUAGCAAAAAGAAUCAGGGACAGCCAAUGGCCUUUAUGAGCCUGUUCCGGGAGAUCAACUGCGCGCUUUCAUGUCGGACGUUUUUCGGAGACUAUAUCUCUCAAAGUGCAGUCAAGAAAAUUGCUGAUGACUUCUAUCUUGCUACUGCCGCCCUCGAGCUGGUCAAUGUUCCAUUUUCUAUUCACAUUCCGUUCAGCAAGCCGUGGCUUGGAAGGAGGACGGUGCGCGCUGUCCAUGCCGAGUUUGCGAAGUGUGCAGCCGCAGCGAAGGUGCAUAUGGCGACCGGGGCAAAGCCUACGAGUAUCAUUGACCACUGGGUGGCGCACAUGAUGGAAUCUACUCGAUAUAGGGAGAGGAUUACGGCUGGGGAAACUGACGUGGAAAAGCCCUCGAACUUGAUUCGUGAUUUCACCAAUGAGGAGAUCAGUGAGACUCUGUUCACCUUCUUAUUUGCCUCCCAAGAUGCAUCCAGCAGCGCCACAACCUGGCUGUUCCAAAUACUGGCUCAACGGCCAGAUGUACUCGAUCGUCUACGCAAGGAAAAUUUGGCUGCGAGAGGAGGCGAUAGGAAUAAGCCUUUCGACUUACCCAUGUUGGAAUCUCUCACCUACACCAACGCCGUCAUCAAGGAGCUUCUUCGUUAUCGACCACCAGUUAUCUUCGUUCCAUACCUGGCGACGAAGAACUUCCCUGUGACGCCAGAUUACACGGUCCCUAAAGGUUCAAUGAUUAUUCCGUCAUGCUAUCCUGCCUUGCACGACCCAGAUGCAUACCCCGACCCAGAUGUGUUUAAUCCCGACCGCUGGAUCUCGGGCGAUGCGGGGUCGAAAACCAAGAAUUGGCUCGUCUUUGGAGCCGGAGCCCACGACUGCCUCGCACGAAGGUAUGUGCCACUGUCAAUGGCGGCGAUGAUUGGCAAAGCGGCGCUUGAACUCGAUUGGAAGCAUCAUGCCACAGAGAGGUCAGAAGAGAUUCGCGUAUUUGCUACGCUGUUUCCGAUGGAUGGUUGUCAAUUGGCCUUUACAAAGCGCUCUUGA